AUGGAUCCAACUCAAAAUUCAGAGCAAUUCCGAAUGAACCAAGGCAAUUCCUUCCAGGGCCUCGAUCCUCUAGGUAUCGCGACGUUCUUGAACCAUAUCUCAUCGAUUCAGGCUCACCUCAACAGGAAUGGCAGCAACCCUAGCCAAGAUUCAUCGAGCCACUUCUACCUUCAUCCUUCCGAAAAUACUAGUAUUCCCCUCAUCCAUACCAUUCUUGAUGGCAAGAAUUACAGUAGUUGGAGCAAUGCGAUGUUGUUAGCCCUAAAAUCGAAAAACAAGCUGAAAUUUGUUGAUGGAAGUUUAAAGAAACCUGAUAAGAAUGAUCCAUUAUUUGAACUGUGGGAUAGAUGUAAUACAUAUGUCUUAGCCUGGAUUAAAAUCUUGCUGAACCCUGAAAUCACCCAAAGCGUGAUGUGGAACAAGGUUGCAUAUGAGCUAUGGGAGGAGCUAUACGGAACAAGACAAGGAGAAAUGAGCGUGACACAAUACUUCACAAAACUGAAGUCACUGUGGGAAGAAUUUGAUGAUUUCAGGCCAAUUCCACCCUGCAAUUGUGAAUCUGUGUGUACUUGUGGAUUAGGAGAAAUGCGAAAAUAUAGAAUGGAAGAUCAUGUAACUAGAUUCUUAAGAGGACUUAAUGAACAGUUUGCGAAUGGUAGAGCUCAGGUCAUGCUAAUGGAGCCACUGCCAGAUUUAAAGGCUGUGUUUUCCAUGAUGACUAGACAAGAAAGGCAAAACCAGUCCAUGGAUGAUACCAUAGACCCCAAGAUCUUAUUACACUCUACCAAUUCCUUCAACACAGCUGAGACCUCACAAGGCAGAGGGAGAGGAAAAGGUAGAGGAGGUAGAUUCCAAGGCUCUAUAGACAAACAUGGUUUGGGAGUAGUGAAUUUCAGUGCUGAAAUAAAUGGCGAUGGCAUUGAUGAUUCUGGCUGUGAGGAAAAAAAUGGAACUUCCAAUGUUGAGUUUACUCCAGAGCAGAAAUCAACCCUACUAGCUUUACUCAACAGGGGAGAGGCAAAGCAGAUCCACAGUGCUAACCAAAUCACAACCCUGGAACAAGUACCUCAUCAAGGUAACUUGGUGCAUAUCAUGCAUUUUAAGUCAAGCGUGUUGGCUUUAAACAUUUCUGCAUCAAAACAUGGUUCUCGGAUAAUAGAUACAGGAGCUAAUGUUCACGUAUCCUAUUGCCUAGAAGAUUUUCAAACUCAUUUCAAGAUAGCUCCUAUAAUCAUUCGGUUGCUUAAUGGUGCACAAAUCAUUAGCAAUAUAGCUGGAACUAUCAAAUUUUUAAACAAACUGUACCUCACAAAUGCAUUAUACAUCCCAUCUUUCAAUUUCAAAUUGAUAUCAGUAUCAAAAGACACAAAACAUUUGCAUUGUAAAAUGAGUUUCACUGAUGACGAUUGUGAGAUACAGGAUUUACUCUCGAAGAAGAUGAUUGGAGCAGCUAGAGUGUGUGGUGGCCUUUAUACCUUGAACUGUGAUGCUGCGUGA